AUGAGUGAUACAACUACAACUAAAAAUCAUACUAAAAUGAUGAUAGAAUCUUCGACAAAUGAUUUAAAUAAAUCACAAAAUCAUUCAAAUAGUUUAAAAUCUUUAAAAGAUUUAAAUGUUGCAGAUACAAAAAAACUAAGUUCUGUUCUUUAUGGUAGAAAAGCAUCGACUUUUUUAGGUAUAUUUAGAGAUACUGAUACUUUAACAACAAAGGAUAAUGAAAUUAAACAAAAUAAAGAUAAUGAAAUUAAAAAUGAAAAUUUUAUUAAAAUGUCAAAAAAUGAUAACAAUAAGGACAAUAAUAAUAAAUCAUUUUCAUUAUCAACUUCAAGAAAACGUAAUAUGAAUAGAAUUGACGAUUCCCUUAGAAUAUCUCCAAUUUUGACACAUUCAACUUUAGCUACAACUACAGUACCUACAUCAAUAUCCAAUGUUCUAUCAUCAUCAUCAUCAUCAUCGGAACAUAAAAGUAGGCAUAAUUCGCGACAUCGUUCUCUUUCUAAUCAUUCUGAUUUAACUUUAAAGCCUGUAUCAUCAGCUACUUAUUAUCCACAUAAAUCAAAGACUAAUCCAAAUUCUAAAGAUGAUUCCUUUCAAGAUAAUAUUGAUAUCCAGGAUAACGAUAAUCAUAUUGAUACAAUAAUGAAAAAUGAUAAUGAUGAUACUACUACAACGGUCUUAUCAUCUAAUUUAACUGCAAAUAUCCAAUUGAAUAACAUACAUCAAGAUCAAAAUAAUAGCAUUAGUGAUGAUAAUGAUAAUAUUGAUCCAUUAGACAGACAUUCAAUAACAGAUAAUUUAGUUGUAAAUGAACAAAAUGAUAUAUAUAUGGAUAAAAAUGAUAACAAUCUAGAGGAGGCCAUUGAUGAGGAUGAUGAUUAUGAUGAGGAUGAGGAAGAUGAUAAAGAAUAUCCACUUGCUGUAGAAUUAAAACCGUUUACUAAUAAAGUUGGUGGUCAUACAGCAAUCUUUAGAUUCUCAAAAAGAGCUGUAUGUAAAGCAUUAGUUAAGAGAGAAAAUCGUUGGUAUGAGACCAUGGAACAAACAAAUAAUAAACUACUAAAAUUUAUGCCAAGAUAUAUAGGUGUAUUAAACGUUAGACAACAUUUUAGUUCAAAAGAAGAUUUCUUAAGUCAAAUCCCAACAACAACAAAUAAAAACUCUAAUACCAAAGAAACACUAAUGGAAGCACAGUCGACUGGAGAUAAUUUAAUGGGUGCACCAUUGCAUCAUGUUCAUUCAAUUGUUACAUCAUCACCUCAUGCAGUCCUUGAACAUCCAAACAGAGGUAUUCCAAGUCUUUCGAGAACUCUUUCAUCAGCAUCAGGCUACGAUCGUUCAUUCCCAGAAGUUGUGAUUGAUGAUAAUAAACACAUUAUGCCCGAUUCACUAUGGGAUAGAUAUACUCAAUCUUCAGACUCAAAUUCACGUAGAGAAAGUUUUUCUGAAAAACAAGGAACUGGAGCACUUAAUGCAGAUUCAGGUUAUACGACAAUUAAUACAAAAUUAAAAGAUUUAAUCUUACAAGAAGUAUUCGCACCAAUACAUAACGUUAAAGGCCAUGAUAACAAUUUUAAUAAAAGAUCAGCUUGUGAAACACCUACAAGAACUGUAUCUGGUAAAUAUAUGAAGAAGAAAAGCAGAUCUUCCUCAUCAUCUUCGUCGUCAUCUUCUCAUGGUGCACGUGUGUUAAGAAGUUCUCUUAGACGUGAUUCAAUUUUUUCUUUGAAGGACGAUCAAGUAUCUACAUCACCUCUAAUGAAUAAAUCUGCAAAAGAAACGAUCUCUAAUGCUAUUGAUUCUUCUCACUCUGUGAUGGAUUUGGAACAAUUCCAUAAAAAAGCAUCGGCAAGAGAAAAUGCCGAUAACGUUACCGAAAACGAUCAGUACACCCGUAGACACCAGCAUUCUCGUUCUCAUUCUGGUUGUAAAGGUGGCGCUAGACGUAGCUCAAGAAAUCGUCGUAGUAUUGAUGAGACAUGUUCUAUCCAGGAUAACUCUAAUGGUAAAAACCACCAACUGGAUGAUAAUAAUGAGGGUGGACCUCUUUCCGAAUCCAUUACGUUUGAAGAAAAUACGGAUACUAUUGUCUCUAAAUUUAUCCUAUUGGAGGAUCUGACCAGACACAUGACUAAACCUUGUGUUCUUGACUUAAAGAUGGGGACAAGACAAUAUGGUGUAGACGCCGCUCCUUCAAAACAAAGAUCUCAAAGGAACAAAUGUUUAAAGACCACUUCAAGGAAGCUCGGUGUUAGAAUAUGUGGUCUAAAAGUUUGGGACAGUGAUUAUUACAUUAAGAGAGAUAAGUAUUUUGGACGUCGUGUUAGAAUAGGAUGGCAAUUUGCAAGAACACUUGCUAGGUUCUUGUAUGAUGGACAAUCGAUAAAGAGUAUUGUCAGAUUAAUCCCAAGACUAGUGAAAGAGAUUGAGCAGUUGGCAGUCGAAAUAUCCAAUUUAAAGGGUUUCAGACUAUAUGGUGCAUCAUUACUAUUGAUGUACGAAGGUGAUAAGCAAGAACAUAUUGAUCAACAACUUGAUGGUACUAAAAAAAUGGUUAAAAUAAAAGUAAAUUUAAUUGAUUUUGCGAAAUGUGUGACGAGAGAGGACUUAGAAGAAGGCAUUAAGAGUAAUACAUUUGCCAUUCCUCCAAGCUACCCAAGUUCUAUAGACCAAGGGUUCUUCAGAGGCUUGAAAAGUCUCAAGUUUUAUUUAAUGAUUCUAUGGGCAUAUUUAACAAUUGAUGAGCCAAUGGUAACAAAUGAGAAAGAAUUAAGAACAUUAUUAGAAGAGAAAUCAGAACUAUUUGAAAAAUCCUGGGAUUGGCUAGAUGAAUUUGAUAAAGAAGAUGAGCAAGAGUUCAAUGAUCCAGAAAGUGAACUUAGGACAAAAUGGCGUAAAUACGAAUUAAUAUUUGAUGUUGAACCAAGAUACAACAAUAACGAGGAAGUCAGCGACUAG